AUGCAGAGGAGGCACUCAUCAACCAGAUUUCGGCAGGACGUCGAGACAAGUGGUGUCGACGUCGUCCAAACCUCGGAGUAUGACGAUGGAUCCAUAACGGCCCAACAAGGGCUUGGGGGCAUCCUCGAGAACAAUGACGGCAAAUCACUGCUCCUCAUCGAGCUUAUUAGCGCCAAUAUUGACCGCCGGACGCACAUGGAAAAGGAUCCGGUAGAAGAGUAUGCAAAAUGCGUACGGUCCUUAGGCCUUGAUGAGAAGUACGAGUGCGAGUUUGACAUGCCCGGAGACUUUGGAACCGUGGGGGCCAUCAGGGUUCAAAACCAGCAUCAUAGCGAGAUGUUCAUCAAGGAGAUGGAGCUUGAGUUGCCAAGUGGCGCCUCCGUCACGUUUACAUGUCAUAUUCUUCUCAAACAAGCAGGGGCGGAGCUAGAAAUCAUUUUGAAGGGGGUCAAAAUAAAAAAAAAAACUAAAAAACAUUGUUUAUAA